GUUUUGAGAGGGGUGGGCACUUGCAGGGGGUGCGCUCCGUUUUCUGCGCCGGGACAGCCUGGCGCGCGGCGGGGGCUGCGCGCGAGGCGGCCUCAGGCGCGUCCCUGCCCACCAUGGCCAAGCCGACAAGCAAGGAUUCAGGCUUGAAGGAGAAGUUCAAGAUUCUGUUCGGACUGGGAACCCCGCGGCCGAGUCCCAGGUCUGCAGAGGGCAAGCAGACGGAGUUUAUCAUCACGGCGGAAAUCCUAAGAGAGCUGAGUGUUGAAUGUGGCCUCAGCAAUCGCGUCCGGGUGAUAGGGCAGAUCUGUGAAAUUGCAAAAACGAAGAAGUUCGAAGAGCAUGCGGUGGAGGCACUCUGGAAGGCCGUCGAGGACCUGCUGCAGCCAGAGAGGCCACCGGAGGCCCGGCACGCCGUGCUGGCUCUGCUGAAGGCCAUCGUGCAGGGGCAGGGGGACCGCUUGGGCGUUCUCAGGGCCCUCUUCUUUAAGGUCAUCAAGGAUUACCCCUCCAACGAAGACCUCCACGAAAGACUGGAAGUAUUCAAGGCCCUCACAGACAACGGGAGACACAUCACGUAUCUGGAAGAAGAACUGGCUGGAUUUGUGCUGCAGUGGAUGGACAUCGGCCUGUCCUCAGAGUUCCUUCUGGUUCUUGUGAACUUGGUCAAGUUCAACAGCUGUUACCUGGAUGAACACAUUGCGUCAAUGGUCCACAUGAUCUGCCUGCUGUGCGUCCAGACGGUGUCCUCCGUGGACAUAGAGGUGUCCCUGCAGGUGCUGGACGCCGUCGUGUGCUACAACUGUCUGCCGGCCGAGAGCCUGCCGCUCUUCAUUGUCACCCUCUGCCGCACCGUCAACGUCAAGGAGCUCUGCGAGCCGUGCUGGAAGCUGAUGCGGAACCUCCUGGGCACCCACCUGGGCCACAGCGCCAUCUACAACAUGUGCCGCAUCAUGGAGGACAGAGCCUACAGGGAGGACGCGCCGCUGCUGAGAGGGGCCGUGUUCUUUGUGGGCAUGGCGCUCUGGGGGGCACACCGCCUCUACUCGCUCAAGAACUCCCCGACAUCCGUGUUGCCGUCGUUUUACGAGGCCAUGAGCUGCCCGAACGAGGUGGUGUCCUAUGAGAUCGUCCUCUCCAUCACCAGACUCAUCAAGAAGUACAGGAGGGAGCUCCAGGCUGUGACGUGGGACAUUCUGCUGAGCGUCAUCGAACGUCUGCUGCAGCAGCUCCAGAGCCUGGACAGCCGCGCGCUGAGCGCCGUCGUCCACGAGCUGCUGACCACCGUGGAGGAGCUGUGCGACCAGAACGAGUUCCACGGCUCCCACGAGCGGUACUUCGAGCUUGUCCAGAGGUGUGCGGACCAGAGGCCGGAGUCCUCCCUCCUAAACCUGAUAAGCUACAGGGCCCAGUCCAUCCACCCGGCCAGGGACGGCUGGAUCCACAACCUGCAGUCGCUGAUGGAGCGGUUCUUCCGGAGUGAGUCCCGCAGCGCCGUGCGCAUCAAGGUGCUGGACGUCCUGUCCUUCGUGCUGCUCAUCAACAGGCAGUUCUACGAGGAGGAGCUCAUCAGCUCAGUGGUCAUCUCUCAGCUGUCCCACGUCCCGGAGGACAGAGACCCCCAAGUCCGAAAACUGGCCACCCAGUUGCUGGUGGACCUGGCCGAAGGCUGUCACACCCACCACUUCAACAGCCUGAUGGACAUCGUGGAGAAGGUGAGGGGCCCCUCUUUGUGGCCGAGUCCCGCAGUCUCCUCAAGGACACUGGCGCGGCAUUCCGCCCUCUCAGAGGACCCCAAGACGGCGGUCUUCACCCGCACGCUCUCUCUGCAGACCAAGCUGUACACCUUGCCUGCCAGCCACGCGGUGCGCGUGUACCAGACGCUCGUCAGCCACCUGCAGCUCCACUACAAGCACGGCUACACCCUGCCCAUCGCCAGUAGCAUCCGGCUGCAGGCCUUUGACUUCCUGCUGCUGCUGAGGGCCGACUCGCUCCACCGCCUUGGCCUGCCCAGCAAGGAUGGGGCUGUGCGGUUCAGCCCCUACUGCGUCUGCGACGCCAUGGAGCCAGAGAGAGGCUCUGAGAAGAAGGCCAGCGGCCCCCUGUCACCUCCCACCGGGCUGCCAGGCCCCGCUCCUGCCAGCCCCGCCGUGCGUCUUGGCUCCCUGCCCUACUCCCUGCUCUUUCGAGUCCUGCUGCAGUGCUUGAAGCAGGAGACGGACUGGAAGGUGCUGCAGCUGGUGCUGGCCAAGCUGCCCGAGUGUCUGCGCUACAAGGUCCUCAUCUUCACCUCUCCGUGCGGCGUCGACCAGCUCUCUGCCGCCCUCUGCGCUGUGCUUUCCAGCCCCAGAACCCUGGAGCGGCUCCGAGGGACCCCGGAAGGCUUCUCCAGGACCGACCUGCACCUGGCCGUGGUUCCUGUGUUGACGGCGUUAAUCUCUUACCAUAACUAUUUGGACAAAACCAGACAGCGGGAGAUGGUGUACUGCCUGGAGCAGGGCCUGGUCUACCGCUGCGCCAGCCAGUGCGUGGUGGCCCUGGCCGUCUGCAGCGUGGAGAUGCCGGACGUCAUCAUCAAGGCGCUGCCGGUCUUGGUCGUGAAGCUCACACACAUUUCGGCCACAGCCAGCAUGGCCGUCCCACUGCUCGAGUUCCUGUCAACUCUGGCCCGGCUGCCUCACCUCUACCGGAACUUCGCGGCCGAGCAGUACGCGAGCGUGUUCGCCAUCUCCCUGCCGUACACCAACCCGUCCAAGUUUAAUCAGUACAUCGUGUGCCUGGCCCAUCAUGUCAUAGCCAUGUGGUUCAUUAGAUGCCGCCUGCCCUUCCGGAAGGACUUUGUCCCUUACAUCACUAAGGGCCUGCGCUCCAAUGUCCUCCUGUCUUUUGACGAUACCCCAGAGAAGGACAGCUUCAGAGCUCGGAGCACCAGUCUCAACGAGAGGCCCAAGAGCAGGAUCCAGACGUCUCUCACAAGUGCCAGCUUGGGGUCUGCGGAUGAGAACUCAAUGGCCCAGGCUGAUGACAACUUGAAAAAUCUCCACCUGGAGCUCACGGAAACGUGUCUGGACAUGAUGGCCAGAUAUGUGUUCUCCAACUUCACGGCGGUCCCCAAGAGGUCCCCUGUGGGAGAGUUCCUCUUAGCUGGUGGCAGGACCAAAACCUGGCUGGUUGGGAACAAGCUUGUCACUGUGACAACGAGCGUGGGGACCGGCACCCGGUCACUGCUGGGCUUGGACUCGGGAGAGCUGCAGGGCAGCCCGGAGCUGAGCUCGGACCCUGGCGUGCACGUGAGGCAGACAAAGGAGGCGCCUGCCAAGUUGGAGUCCCAGGCUGGGCAGCAGGUGUGCCGCGGGGCCCGGGACCGCGUCCGCUCCAUGUCUGGGGGCCACGGCCUUCGUGUUGGUGCCCUAGAUGCUCCAGCCACCCACGUCCCAGGUGCACAGACCGCACCAGCCAGCAAGUCCGAGAGGGCCUCCGCUGCCACCCAGUUCCCGGCCCAAGAGAAGACAAGCCUGGCGGCCUACGUCCCCCUGCUGACCCAGGGCUGGGCGGAGAUCCUGGUCCGGAGGCCCACAGGGAACACCAGCUGGCUGAUGAGCCUGGAGAACCCGCUCAGCCCCUUCUCCUCGGACCUCAACAACAUGCCCCUGCAGGAGCUGUCCAACGCCCUCAUGGCCGCUGAGCGCUUUAAGGAGCGUCGCGACACAGCCCUGUACAAGUCCCUGUCGGUGCCAGCGGCCGGCUCCGCGAAGCCGCCUCCGCCCCCGCGUUCUAACACAGACUCCGCGGUGGUUCUGGAGGAGGGAGGCCCCGGCGACGCUGAUUUGCCCCUGGAGCCCACGGAGCUGGAGGACUUUGAGGCAACGCUGGGCACGGAGAGGCGCUGCCAGGGCCCCGGAGCCUACAGCAGGUCGUCGUCCAGCUCCAGCCAAGAGGAGAGGUCGUUCACGGCAGAGGCGGCGGCCACCGGCGGGCUCCCCAUCGAGCGGGCUGUGUCUGCCGAGGGAGCCCGGCCCUCCGCGGGGCUCUCCUUCCAGCCCGCCCAGCCCCUCAGCAAGUCCAGCUCCUCUCCGGAGCUGCAGACCCUGCAGGACGUCCUCGGGGACCCUGGGGACAAGGCCGACGUUGGCCGGCUGAGCCCCGAGGCCAAGGCCCGCUCGCAGUCCGGGACCCUGGACGGGGCAGGCGCUGCCUGGUCAACACCAGGGGAAGAGAGCCAGGGCCGGCGGCCCGAAGGUCUCUUGCCCUCUGGCUGUCCCCGCUCCCCUGGUGGCCUGCGGCCCAGAGGCUACACCAUUUCUGAUUCCGCCCCGUCACGCAGAGGCAAGAGGGUAGAGCGGGACGCCUUCAGGAGCAGAGCUGGGGCCUCCAAUGCUGAGAAGGUGCCGGGCAUCAACCCCAGCUUUGUGUUCCUGCAGCUCUACCACUCGCCUUUCUUUGGUGACGAGUCCAACAAGCCGAUCCUCCUGCCCAAUGAGGUAGGCACGCAGGGUGCCCCCGGAGCCUGGGUGGGGACACUGGCGGAGGCGCCCUCCCCAGAUGGGCACCCGAUGGCUCCUCUGUUCCCGCAGAGCGACAGCGAGCUCGCCAUCCUGUCCAACGAGCACGGCUCCUACCGGUACACGGAGUUCCUGACGGGCCUGGGCAGGCUCAUCGAGCUCCGGGACUGCCAGCCGGACAAGGUGUACUUGGGCGGCCUGGACGUGUGCGGGGAGGACGGCCAGUUCACCUACUGCUGGCAUGACGACAUCAUGCAGGCCGUCUUCCACAUCGCCACGCUGAUGCCCACCAAGGACGUGGACAAGCACCGCUGUGACAAGAAGCGCCACCUGGGCAACGACUUUGUGUCUAUUGUCUAUAACGACUCCGGCGAGGACUUCAAGCUGGGCACCAUCAAAGGCCAGUUCAACUUCGUCCACGUGAUCAUCACCCCCCUGGACUACGAGUGCAACCUGGUGUCCCUGCAGUGCCGGAAGGACAUGGAGGGUCUCGUGGACACCAGCGUGGCCAAGAUCGUGUCUGACCGCAACCUGCCUUUCGUGGCCCGCCAGAUGGCUCUGCAUGCGAAUAUGGCCUCCCAGGUGCACCACAGCCGCUCCAACCCCACGGACACCUACCCCUCCAAGUGGAUUGCCCGGCUUCGCCACAUCAAGCGGCUCCGCCACCGGAUCCGCGAGGAGGCCCACCACUCCAACCCCAGCCUGCCCCAGAUGCACCCCCCAGGCCAUGCCAAAGCGCCAGCCACGGCCGAGCCUGUGCCCACGUACGAGACGGGCCAGCGGAAGCGCCUCAUCUCCUCUGUGGACGACUUCACGGAGUUUGUGUGAGCCUGUUCCCCACCUUUCUUUACAUAAAUAAAGCACUUGUGUGGCCCAGGCCUGCCCCCACGCCCACAGGCCCUUGCUGCUCAAGACGGACAGAGAUGCA